AAUACUCGCUCCACUGGCAGUCUCCACGGUUACGUUAAAAAGUGUGUGAACCCCCUUCAUCUCGGUAUCACCGUGAGAGAGAGAGCCCUCCCGGCGUCGACGAUAAACGCGCGCACACUCGUUAGGGAAACGCGGAAUUAUACCGAUCAGAGUGUAGACUGAUCCAUACGACGGUCAGACAUUCUCGAGACAUAAAUUUUUCGUUUUUACAUUCGAUCAGCCGACAAAACUCGCCCCAAUCGGCUCGCCAGCAAGAGGAGUUUUCGGGGUCUUUUGCUCAAGACAAUUUUUUAUUGAAAUUUAUUCACUGAAUUUUUUUUAGUUCUAAAGGGAAAAAUCGAAAUUCGGUUUUGGUCCUUCGCUGGGGGAGUUUCAUCGGUUUUUCAGUGAUCAUUGCUGGGAAAAUGAUCAUCGGAUUAUCCCACUUGUGCCUCCUCGGCGUUCUCUCCUCGGCGAGACUCACCCUCCAGGCAUCCGCGCCAACGACCGCUUACUACGUGGGUGCAACGGUCGAGUACCAUCCGGUGACUUCUGGUGACAAUUUAACGGCUAUCGCUAAUGAGAAUGUCAAAAAUUACAUGAAGUUUUUGAAAACGGCGAGUGAAAAUGACGUCGACAUCAUCGUCUUCCCGGAGAACGCGCUCACAGCGGGCAAGAUCUACCCCCUCGAGGAGCGCUCAAAAUACAUACCCCACAGCUCAUACAUUCCGAACCCGAAGGACGGCAAAGUCCCCUGUCACGACCAGUCAACCCCCGUGAUGGAGUGCCUGAAGGCCAUAUCGUGCGCAGCAAAUCGUUUCAAAAUGUACAUAGCCGUGAACAUAAGGGAGAAGGAGCAAUGCACGGGUGAGCGGUGCUCCAAGGACGGCCACAAUCUUUAUAACACUAAUGUCGUGUUCGAUCGUUCCGGUGCUGUCGUCGCCAGAUACAGAAAGUACAAUUUGUUCGGCGAAGAGGGCUUGAACAAAACGGCUAAACCGGAGCUGUCGACGUUCAAGACAGACUUCGAUGUGACAUUCGGACAGUUCAUCUGCUUCGACAUUCUGUUCGAGACACCGGCCCUUCGCCUGGUGAGGGAGCGGAAGGUCCGCGACGUUCUCUUCUCCACGCACUGGUUCUCCGAACUGCCCUUCCUCACCGCUAAUCAGGUGCAGUCCGCCUGGUCCUGGAUGAAUGACGUGAAUUUUCUGGCCGCCGGGUACAACAAUCCGGCGACCGGAAGUGGCGGAAGUGGCAUUUACGCGGGGAAGGGCGGAGUUCUCAAGCGAGUCUGGUCUGAGAAGCGCACGAAUGCCAUCAUCAUCUCGCAGAUACCUAAGGUCGUCGAUGGUAUUCGGGGCAAUUUGAACCCCACGGGGAGCAUUUUUUAUCCACCCGAUAGUGUGAUACCCACUGUCAAUGCUAGUGAUCCUGCCCGAGAGCAGAAACUACUCAGUGAUUAUGUCCUGCCUUAUACCACUAAGAUGUUUGUACCUGUUAAUGGAACCUCUAAUGCUACCGUUUGCGAUCGGGGAUUGUGCUGUCAAUUUAUUGUCGAUUCUAGUCAUAAUGGGGAGCUUAUUAAGGAGGCGAAUGUUAGGUAUUACAGAUAUCGUUUUGCUGUUUUCAACGGCAUCCGUUCAUUCUCCGGCAAAGCGACGGGUGGGAUAGAGCUCUGCGGCUUGAUCUCCUGCACCAACGACGACGUGAAGACCUGCGCCAACCGCUUCGACACCAACGGCAUAGUCGUCAACCCCACGACCUUCAACUCCCUGAAGAUCUCCGGUGAUUUCACGACAGUGGCCAACAACCUCUACCUCCCCCUGAACAUGAACCACGAGCUCCAGCCCCUGAACGCCACCGACUUCUCCUUCACCAUGAAGAUCCUCAACAAGACCCACACGACCAUGAAGUACAAUCUGGUGAAGCCGAGGAACGACCUCAUGACAUUCGCCAUUUACGGUCGGAAUUUCACCGCCGAUGGGCAGCCCCAGACGAUGGGGUCCGCCGGUGAGCGCGCCAACUCACUCUACUUCAUGCUGAUCAUGCUCAUUGUCAUCGGUAUGGGCAGCACAAGCAUCAUCCUGCCGGACCCUGCGGUAAUCCCCGAACACGUGAUAUGUGGAAUUGCCUCAGCCAUUUACCCGAACAAAAUACACGGCACAUCACGGUAUAUGUGAACGUUUAUACGUUUUCGAGUUAUAAAGCUUGUUGAGAUUAAUGAGGAGGUGGUGGUGGGCAAGUGGUGGGAGAGGAUUAAUUAACAAUCUUAUGAAUGUAACGCGUAUGACGAAAUUUAAUGGGAAAACAAAAUUUCACUGCAGUUUUACUGGAAUUUUACUGAAAAAUUCCAAUUGUUUUUCGUGAUUUUUUACAAUU